UUCAGAUUCCAAAUUUUUCCAUAGAAAAAGGGCUCAUCUUCUCACCACAUGCCCAGUUGUCUACUCGCACCUCCACCAAACACCCAGUGGUCAAACUCCACGGACACCGCCAAACAAGUCAGAGCCAGGUUGACUUUCUCAUCACAACCACAAAUAGUAUGCUGAAUCUACGGCUUCCAGCACCACCUCCAUUUAAUAUUGUAUCCCGCGCAGCGCAGGAUCUGGAAGAAAACUUUACUCUACUCUCCUCUACUUCUGUGCAUACACACCUCCAAUUGUAUGGAAACUUCUCAGUUUCAGAUCUUUGAAUGAACCCUUUUCAGUUUCUCAACCCACAUUCAAUUCUCUUCAACUUCUACCUGUUUUCUGCCACAAAAUUUUCCCUUUUUCUUUCAAGAAAACACAAAAGAAAAAGACAUUCUUUUCACUGUUAUAUUCUUGCAAUUUUUCGUUGCAAGUUUUUCAUGUACAACUACCAAGUUGCACACUAGGCAAAAGGUGAGCCACUUUAUAGCAAAGUCAUAGUCUAUUCAUUUCGCGCAAUUAUCAGAACUUUUUGUAUUCUGGGCUAUCCAAGAUCACUUAUUCUUGCUUUAUGGGAUGUUCCGUUGAGAUACAAGCUACCCUUGUUCUGUUGUGGUUGUUGAUGCUUUUCUCUUCAUUUUCUUGAAGUUGCUCGUCUUGAUCACCUUCCAGUACUCAAGAUUUUGACCAACUCUGAGUGUGUUCUUGAUUUUCAGAGGAAUGGGGAAUUCAUGGGUUCAGUUCGGUUUCUUGUUUUCUGCUUCCUUUUUACUUGUAACUUGUCCGUUUUCCUAUGCUCAACUAGCUCCGACAGAGAGCAGAAUACUGUUUCAAGUUCAGCAGCUUCUUGAAUAUCCACCAGCUCUUCAGGCCUGGAACAAUUGGACCAACUUCUGUUUUCUGCCUCCAACUCCUUCUCUUACAGUAGUCUGUUCAGGUAAUCACAUCACUGAGUUAACCAUAGUAGGAAACAAGAGCUCCCUUUCUGACAUUCCCAAGCUGUCUGCCUCAAACUUUGCUGUUUCUCAGCACACGCUCUCUGAUAGAUUCUCACUUGAUUCAUUCUUCACUGUUUUAACUAAGCUUUCAAGUCUGCAGAAGUUGUCAUUAGUUUCUUUAGGAUUAUGGGGUCCGUUGCCGGGGAAAAUCAACAGGUUUAGGUCGCUUCAGGUGUUGAAUGUCAGCUUCAACUUCAUCUACGGUGAAAUCCCAGAAUCAGUAUCAACUUACCAGAGUUUAAGAAGUCUUGUGCUGAGUGAUAAUCUGUUCAAUGGAAGUAUUCCAGAUCUAAGUGGCUUAUCAGUUCUUGAAGAGCUGGAUUUGAGUAACAACUAUUUGGGGGAUAAGUUUCCAUCCUUGGGCAGAAAUCUUGUGCGUGUCUCUCUUGGGAACAAUUCUUUGAGAUCUGAAAUCCCACAAGAUUUAAAGAAGUUGAACAGGCUCCAAGUGCUCGACGUUUCGUCCAACAAGCUCGUUGGACCAAUCCCGUCUUUCUUGUUCUCGUUGCCAUCGAUUCGUCGCAUUAGUCUUGCCAAGAAUCAGUUGAACGGAGCACUUCCACUGAACAUUUCAUGCAAUGGAAAUCUUACGUUUGUCGACAUUUCAAACAACCUUUUGAUAGGAAAGUUGCCUUCUUGCCUUGCAUCGAAUGUGGGAAAAAGGACGGUUGUAAUUAUGUGGAACUGUCUGUCGAAUACAACCUCAAAGUAUCAGAGAUCCUAUUCUUUCUGUCAGAAAGAAGCAUUAGCUGUUAAGCCACCUGCAAGAAACCCGGAGGAGCAAUCAACUUUGAAACUUGGCAUUGUACUUGGCAUUAUAGGGGGCAUUGUGGCAAUACUAGGUCUGUUGGGGUUGUUGAUUCUUGUUAUAUUUAGAAGGGUACAAAGGAGAAGGGGCAGUGUGUACAAAUGUGACAGCUUUGUGAUUGAAAAAAAUCCCAGUCGCGGCUCUCCAAUUGGAAGGCAUGUGCCACAGCCGAUGAGGAUGACUUCUUUUGGACUGCCACCGUAUAGUGUGUUCACACUGGAGGAAAUGGAAGAUGCAACAGACAACUUUGAUCCGUCUAAUCUAGUGGGAGAAGGAUCACAGGGUCAGCUCUACAAAGGUUGGCUUAGAGAUGGCUCAGUGGUCCUAGUAAAAUGUCUGAAACUAAAACAGAAGCGUUCACCUCAAGCUCUGCAGCAGCACAUGGAAGUAAUAUCAAAGCUGAGGCACCGGCAUUUGGUCAGCGUCCUCGGUCACUGCAUUGUCACGUACCAGGAUCAUCCAAGCACAGCUAGCACGGUCUUUGUCGUCCUUGAAAAUAUUUCCAAUGGCUCGUUAAAAGAUCACCUUAUCGAUUGGAGAAAGAGGGACGUCCUGAAAUGGCCACAAAGAAUGGCGAUCACUAUGGGCAUAGCGAGGGGUAUUCAGUACUUGCAUACUGGAGGAGUCCUUGGAAAUGACCUGAAAAUCGACAACGUUCUCUUGGACGAGAGCCUCACUGCAAAAAUAAGCAGCUACAACAUAAAUUUACCGUCUAAGGUCGGGGCAGAAAGCCCACUUAAUGGACAAGACACCGCAAAUCACCCAAACAGUGAAAAUCCAGAAAAGGAAGACAUUUACAGGCUGGGAGUAAUUCUAGUUGAAGUUAUCACCGGCAGACCUAUAAGCUCUCAAAGUGAAAUAGAUGACCUCAAGUUUCAGCUGGAGAGGAGCUUAGCAGAAUCACCAUCAAAAUUACGGGACAUGAUCGAUCCAUCUAUGCGUGGAACAUUUGCUUACGAGUCGCUGAAGACGGUAGUUCAGAUAACCAUAAACUGCUUGUGCAGAGAUCCGAUGGGCCGACCAACGGUGGAGGAUGUGCUGUGGCAUAUGCAGUACUCAGUUCAGGUUCAAGAAGGAUGGAGUAGCAGUGGAAACCUCAGUGGAAAUCUUAGUGGAAACCUUAGUAACAAGUUCUAAUAAUUCUGUUUCUCUGUUUGUUGCAUCAAAUUCUGGUCCUUUUCUAUGUAGAAAUCAUAGUAUGUUUCCAACCUUCCACUAAAUUAAGAUUUGUAUCUAGCAAAGUUGAUGAAAAUCUUGUAACUAGUUUGAGUUCUUCCCCAUGAAAACAGUAAAUCAUACUUCAAAGAACAGCUCAUGCUAGUUGUAAUAAAUUUUCACCUAAG